CAUGAAAAAACUAGUAUUCCCGGCAAAUGUGGAAAAUAUUGACGCUGUUUACUUCUUCGCACAUUUUCUUGAAGAUGAAUCCACAACCCCAUGUGAUAAAGAACAAGAGGACAACACGUGAGAGGGCAGAGAAGUUCAUCUCAACAGUAGACUUCAUUGAUGUUAACCUCAGAGGAAAACUCUACCCUAAGGAAGUUCCUGUGACUUCCAUAGAACAUUAUGCCGCACCAGACAGAAUACCCUUUGCCGAUGCAGCAAAACAGCUUUACACACCAACAAAAACUGGAGAAAGUUUUGGUCCAUCGUGGGCAACCCAUUGGUUUAAAGUUACUGUUGAUGUCCCUGCUGACUGGAUAGACAGUGAAGUUCAUCUCAUUUGGAACAGCAACUGUGAGUGCCUCAUAUGGAAGGCUGGAAAACCUGUCCAGGGUCUGACUGGUGGUAGGGCGUCCAAUGAUGACACCAAGGAAGAUUACAUUAUCACCAUGAAGUUGAGUGAAAGAGAACUGCAUCAUGAUUUCUUCAUUGAGAUGGCGUGUAAUGGUUUGUUUGGCUGCGGCAAAGACGGCCUCAUUAAUCCUCCACAGACUGACAAGAUGUACACACUCACCAAGGCAAAGGUUGUUAUCAUGGAUAGGGCUGUCUACAACCUUCUCAUUGAUAUUGAGAUGCUUAUUGAUAUGGUCAAGCACCUGCCAGAUGACAGCCACAGGAUGUACCAAGCCCUCUACACCGCUAAUGAGAUGGUCAAUCUUUGCACUGAUGGUCAACGUUCAGGCUAUCACAGAGCCCAGGAAAUAGCCAGCAAGUUCUUCUCUCAGAAAAAUGGUGAUUCUCAACAUGUGGUGCAUGCAAUGGGUCAUUGCCAUAUUGACACAGCUUGGCUGUGGCCUUAUGCUGAGACCAUAAGGAAAUGUGCACGUAGCUGGACUCACACAAUUAGAUUGAUGGAACGUUAUCCCAACUUCAAAUUUGCCUGUUCUCAGGCUCAGCAAUAUGACUGGGUGAAGCAACACUAUCCGUCCUUAUUUGAAGAUAUCAGGAAGUUUGUCAGGGAGGGACGCUUCAUACCUGUUGGUGGCACUUGGGUGGAGAUGGAUGGCUACGUACCAAGUGGUGAGGCCUUCAUCAGACAGUUCCUCUAUGGACAAGCCUUCUUCAAGAAGGAAUUCAACCUGAGGUGUAAAGAAUUCUGGCUUCCGGACACAUUUGGGUAUUCUGCCCAAAUUCCACAGAUAAUGCAGCACAUGGGUGUGACAAGAUUCCUCACUCAGAAACUUAGUUGGAACCUGGUGAACAAAUUCCCUCAUCAUACAUUCUACUGGGAAGGCAUUGAUGGGAGCAAGGUGCUGACACAUUUCCCUCCAGGAGACAGCUAUUGCUUGCAUGGUCGGGGAGAAGAGCUGAUCAAAACUGUAAAAAAUCACCAAGAUAAAGGUCGUACGAACGUGUCAGCAUAUUUGUUUGGCCAGGGUGACGGGGGACAGGGACCAAGUGAGAACAUGAUUGUUCGAUUGGAGAGAGUAGCGAAUGUAGAUGGCCUACCGAAAGUUGUGAUGAGCACUCCUGAUGAUCUGUUCCACGAGAUCGAGACAGAGGCCACUCACAAGAAUCUCUGCAAGUGGGUGGGCGAACUUUAUCUAGAGCUGCAUAAUGGAAGCUAUACGACACAGUCCAGGACAAAGUUCAAGAACAGGAAGUGUGAGUUUCACCUUCAUGAUAGUGAAGUCCUAGCCUCACUAGCGUCCGUCCUUACUCGAGGAACUGGUGCUGCUUAUGCAUAUCCCAUGGAUAAACUAGUGAACGCCUGGAAAUUACUACUGCUGAAUCAAUUCCACGAUGUGCUUCCUGGGAGCUCCAUUGGUGAAGUUUACAAGGACUCGAAGCAGUAUUAUAAGGAGGUGUCGCAAUCAUGCCAAGAAGUGAUGACAUCAAGCUUUGAAAGUCUCUUCCCAUCAAAGGGUUCUUCAAAGCAGGCAACAAUUGCCUUCAACACCUUAGGAUGGGAGAGAUCAGAAGUCGUGAUGCUACCGCGUAAUCAAGAUCAGCCGGGCUCACCUGAGCGGAAGAAAAUGAAGAAUAGCGAUGCACCUGUCACACAAGUGGACAGCUUUGGCAAUACACUAGUGUUUGUAAAGGCUCCAAGUUAUGGCUUUGCUCAAGUCUCCGAGGAGGGUUGUCAGUUGACAGACUAUGUCGGUGUCAAGAGAGAGGGUGACCACAUCUGUUUGGAGAACCUGCAUCUGAAAGCCACACUGGACUCAGUGGGAAGAAUCGUCUCGCUCUACGUGAAGGAAAAUGGACAAGUUGUGCAUAAGAAUACGUUUAUGCAUCACCACCAUGGCAACCAGUACGUUGUGUUUGAUGACGUGCCGCUGUUCUGGGAUGCUUGGGAUGUCAUGGAUUACCACUUGGAGACAAGGAAGCCCAUUGAUACAGUCAUCCAGUCGGCCAUAAUCAAAGAUGAAGGACCUCUACGUGUCUCCGUUCUGGUGUCCCUGAAGAUCAGUGACAAGAGCUACUUGAAGCAGCACAUCAUCCUCGAUGCUGGUAGCCCCUACCUGCGGGUGGACACCGAGGUGGCCUGGCAUGAGAGUCACAAGUUCCUCAAGGUCGAGUUCCCCGUCCGAGUCAGAACCACCAAUGCAACUUAUGAGAUACAGUUUGGGCACCUUCAGAGACCAACACAUUUUAACACAUCGUGGGAUUCAGCCAAGUUCGAGGUUUGUAGUCACAAGUGGGCUGACCUCUCUGAGCAUGACUGGGGCGUCUCAAUCCUGAAUGACUGCAAGUAUGGCUUCUCAACUAGAGACAAUGUGAUGAGGCUAUCACUGCUACGGUCCCCCAAGGCUCCUGAUGAGAAAGCAGAUAUGGGAAACCAAAGGUUCACCUAUGCAAUCAUGCCUCAUUCUGGCAGCUUCCAGAAUGCUAAGGUAAUCCAGCAUGCAUACAACUUGAAUUGCCGCCUGGUCGUGCGAGAUGUCAACAUAACUGAUUCUACACCCUGUAUGAAGAGUUACUUCAGCGUGGAGGAGCCUGGUGUCAUACUGGAGACUGUCAAGAUGUGUGAGGAGCGGGAUGACGCAAUCAUUCUUCGGUUCUAUGAAGCGUUUGGAGGAAGGACGCAUGCAACAGUCACUACUUCCCUCGCUGUCAGGGAUGCUGUUCUUGUGAAUGGUUUGGAAGAACAAGUGGAUGAGUGCCUUGAUCAUCACCAUCGCCAUGACCACAAUCACAGUCAUCAUACGCAUCACAUCCUCGCCAAAGAUGGAAAACUUAGGCUGCGAUUCCAUCCAUUCCAAAUCGUUUCUGUGAUGCUCAUCAUCUAAUGAUAAAAGGGAACGAAUUUGAUUCUAUAUACAGCUGCUUGUUUGGACUCUAGGAUAUCCAUGUACAGUAGAACCUCUCUAUUAAGGACACCUUCGGGACUGGCAAGUGCUGUCCUUAAUAGAGAGGUGUCCUGAUUAGAGAGGUCAAAUUGAAUAGAAACUACCAAUUUGGGACCAUAACUAGUGUCCUUAAUAGAGAGGUUGUCCUUAAUAGAGAGGUGUCCGCUAAGGGAGUAUUAGUUGGUCCUGGACAUGUCAUAAAUGUGUUCCAGCUGGCUACAUUUCUGCUAUGCUAGGUUUGGCCAUAUUGUCCAGAUGAUGCCUGACAGUGACCAAGGAGAAAGUCAAAUAUAUUUUUUGACAUCGUGCAUAACUAUGUUUUAUAUUCAUGAAUAUAAUUUUUGUAUAGCCUAUGUUUUAUGUAGCAGUAAAUCAUACUGUUUUACUGGGCUAACAUGAAGUGAGCUAAGCUUGUGACCGGGACAUGCAACUGCUUGCCUGUCUCUUCGAUAUGUCAAUCAACUGACCCUGCCUUUCUGUAAAUCAUUCUGUUGCCAAUAAACUUAUCCACUGACA